AUGUUUGCUGCCCGUUGUCGCCCACGCUCAAAUGCCGUGAACAUUCAAGCCUCGAAACAAACACCAGACUCUUUCCUGCACGCAACUGGUGUAUACCACUCUAUCAUAACUGCUGAAGAUCAGAAAAUAUUCCACUUAAACAACGAAACACUUAAGAAUGCGGUGUUUAAUCUUACUGGAAGAAUACCAACAAAUGUAUUUUUCCAUGGCCCGACACCUUGGAACGAUUUGUAUAAAACAUACAAGUGGGAGCCAGUGAAAACUAUUAUUAAACCGCAAAAUAUUACAUUUACGGAGAAAAAUAAUGUCAUCUUAGAAUCUCCGUCCGUAGAAUUUACUUUAAAACCAAAAUCUGUCGCUAAUGUAGUAUUUAAUGCCACAAAAGUAACAGUAACUAUAGAAGUAGAAUACUGGGUUACUCUGGAUGGAUAUGUGGCCACAAAUAACGAAGUUAUGAUAAAUGGUCACCACUUUUGGGCGUAUGAUGUUAAGAAUGUGCUGAAGCCUGAAAGCUGCAGCUCUUCCAGAUUUCUGGAAAGAGAGAGAAUUUAUUAG